AUGGGUGUGGUACCACAACGCACCACACUUUUUUCCUAUCACGUUAGUGCUACAUCAAUUUUUCAUUAUCCUCCAUCAACAGCUGCUGGGCCUUCUCACUAUCGCCUAUCCAGUUACGCACCUCUUCCCAUUUCUCAUUCGCCGUCGUCACUGCUCAUCGUUGUCCGCCGUGUUACGCUCCUCACUCUUGCUUCGCGUUACAUUAAUUGUCGGUCGCAUCCGCCUUCGUUGCUACUACAGUUUGAUAUUUAUCUUCUUGUUACAAUGGGAGAUGGUGAAACAGUCAUUUCUCAAACAUCAACUGUCGAGGAUUAUUCAUCUGCUUCUUAUUCUGCAUCUGAUUACGGUGAUAGAACUGGAAAUGCUGCUGAAGCUACAGUUAGUGGAGAAGCAGCUGCAUUUGUUGCUACUGAUAACACAUAUAUAGAUAAUACCACUUCUCAUGUUAACAACCCAGAUAUUGCUGAAAAGUCAGAGGCUACAGAUGUUGGUCAACAGGUUCCAUCUACUGCCUCACAAGAUGUUAGUGGGAAUGGAGUUGGCUUAUACAGUGUUCAUACUUCUGCAUCUACACAGCAAUUGGUGGAUGGUUCUGCAUUAUCUCCUGAAGAAGACCGAUUGUGGAACAUGGUAAAAGCUAAUUCACUGGACUUUAAUGCUUGGACUGCACUAAUAGAGGAGACAGAGAAAACAUCAGAGGCCAAUGUGUUGAAGAUCAGGAAAGUUUAUGAUGCAUUUUUGGCUGAGUUUCCUCUGUGUUAUGGCUACUGGAAGAAGUAUGCUGAUCAUGAAGCAAGAUUGGGGUCUAUUGAUAAAGUUGUGGAGGUUUAUGAACGUGCAGUUCAAGGGGUAACAUAUUCUGUAGAUAUGUGGCUGCAUUAUUGUGUUUUCGCCAUAAAUACAUAUGAAGAUCAUGACACUAUAAGGAGGCUAUUUGAACGUGGUCUAGCUUAUGUUGGAACUGAUUACCUCUGUUUUUCUUUGUGGGAUAAAUACAUUGAAUAUGAGUAUCAACUACAGAAAUGGUCGAAUCUUGCCAUGAUUUACACACGGAUAUUGGAGAUUCCUAAUCAGCAGUUGGAUCGGUAUUUCAACAGCUUUAGGGAAUUAGCUGCUAGUCGCCCUUUAUCAGAACUGAGAACAACUGAAGAAGUUGAAGCUGCAGCAAGGGCAAAAGGGGAAUUCAAGAAUCAAGAAAGUGAGGGUGAGAUCCAUCCAGAUGAUGGAUUAACAGAAGCUAAAGAGUUGGAGAAGCCACUUAAUGUUACAGAGCUUGAAAACUGGCAUAACUACCUUGAUUUCAUUGAAGGAUGUGAUGACUUGAAUAAAGUAAUCAAAGUAUAUGAAAGAUGUCUAAUUGCUUGUGCAAAUUAUCACGAGUACUGGAUACGUUAUGUUUUGUGCAUGGAAGCUAGAAAAGAUAUGGAUCUUGCCGAAAAUGCCCUUGCUCGUGCUACCCAUGUGUUUGUUAAAAAGCAACCAGAGAUUCAUCUUUUUGCUGCUAGAUUUAGAGAACACAAUGGAAACAUUGAAGGAGCUCGGGCAUCUUAUCAACUUGUUCAUAGUGAAAUAUCUCCUGGUCUUCUAGAAGCAAUUAUCAAGCAUGCUAACAUGGAAUAUCGCCUGGGAAAUCUGGAAGAUGCUUGUUCAUUGUAUGAGCAGACUAUUGCAAUUGAGAAAGGGAAAGAGCAUUCACAGAUUCUGCCCUUUUUGUUUGCACAAUAUUCUCGAUUUCUAUACUUGGUUUUGGGAAGGGUAGAAAAGGCAAAAGAGGUUCUAGAUGAAGCUGUUGAGAAUACUGCCCACCUCUCAAAACCACUUUUAGAGGCUUUAAUCCAUAUCGAAUCAAUUCAAUCACUUCCAAAGCGAAUUGAUCAUAUAGAUUCACUCGUUGAAAAAUUCAUAUCUCCCGAAUCCGAUAAUCCAAAUCCCGCAACUUACAUCGAGAGAGAAGAGCUAUCUAGCAUUUUCUUGGAGUUUGUAGAUCUUUUCGGAGAUGCGGGGUCCAUGAAGAAAGCCGAUGUUCGGCAUUCUAAGCUCUUUUUAUCUCAUAAAAGCAGUUCACAGUCCAAAAAGCGCCACCUGGAGGGCAAUUUAGUCUCGGAUAGAGCGAAAAUUACAAAAACAAGUGCGGUUUCAUCAGUGAACCAAUGGUCUGCAGCAGGUUAUGGUGUGCAGCCUCAGUCUUGGCCACCUACACAACCUCAAGGCCAACAAUGGCCUGCUGGAUACACCCAACAGCAACAGGCUGGUUAUGGCACCACAUAUAACGCCUAUGGAAGUAGCUAUGUGCAACCACAAGCUGCUUACACUUCAUACCCGGUUCAGCAGGUGGUCCCACAAGAAGUUUACCCACAGCCAAGUGUAGCUGCUGCAGCCCCAGUCCCACCUGCAGCAUAUUACGGGACCUACUGAGCAUUUUGGUUUGUUUUUGUUUUUGUUUUGUUAAGAGGGUUACAUGUCAUUGAGCAUGGUCAACAAGUGUAUCAGUAAUAUAGUUGAAAAGAGACCUAUAAAUAAUUUGUUUUGUUAAAACUUUGGUAAAAAGGCUUCUUCUAGAAUAUUUUCUGCAUCCAUUUGGGUUGUGUGAUUCUCAAUUUGUAAAAUAUAAAUUUUAGCUACAAAAACUUGCAUACAUACAAAUUCUGCAUAUGCAGUUUUCCGUGACUUAACUACAUAUUUUUAUAACUAGCCUAGAUUUCUUGCCGCCCCAUUGUAGAAUCUUGGAACUUAAGCAGUUGCAGAAGCCAUUGUUUCAUUGUUGAAGAUUGGUGACUUAUUUUUACUAUAAUACCCUUCUUCAUCUUCCUCUUCUUCGUCUUCUUCACCAUCU